ACAAUUUUAUCUUCUAACAUAAAUGUAACCGACAGCCACCGUCUUCCAAAGCGACUAACACUGUACAAAUCCACAACUAAUCACACUCUGAUCUCUCACUUCAACAAAACAAAUCUCCACUUGCUCACUCUUACUUACAGACAAACAAAUCUCAAACUGCUACUCACUACUCCCAAACAAACACAGUCUCAUAUCUAUAGAUGUCCAAAAUGGGAUCUGUAUCGUUAAAAAUAGGAGACGGAACCGCCAGAUUCAAGAGAGCCACCGUUUGUUCUUCAGCUGUUAACAUUCUCAUGCUCUUCUCCGUUAUCUCCACCAAUCUUUUCGCUCUCUACGCCUUCACUUCCUCUCCAAAUCACAACGAAUCUCAAAUCUCUCAGCACACCCACCACCCCAAAAACAUUUCUCUAAUCUCCGAGCAGGUUUCCUUAAUCCUUAAGGAGAUUGAUUCCUCUCAAAAAAAGCUAGCCAGGAUGGAAAAGGAGCUGUUAGGCUAUGAAACUGUUGAUAUUUCACGGCCCAAUAUUGCUAACGAGCUUAAAUUGUUUCUUCAGCAUCACCAGCUCCCUCUUGGUAAAGAUUCGAGAACUGGGAUCACUGAAAUGGUGGCAUCUGUUGGUCAUACCUGUGAGAAAUCUUCUGAUUUGCUGUCUCAGUAUAUGACUUACAAGGUUUCUGGUCCUUGUCCUGAUGAUUGGAGUCUUGCCCAGAAGUUGAUUUUGCGUGGCUGUGAGCCUUUGCCGAGGAGGAGAUGCUUGGCUAAGCCUGUUCCUAAGGUGGGUCUUGCUGCAUUUCCUGCUUCUUUAUGGAAGCCUGUUAGUGAUAAGAUGCUUACUUGGAGUGGUUUAGGUUGCAAAUCUAUAGAUUGUUUGAAUAAAAAGAAGAUUUUGAGUAGAGACUGUGUUGGUUGUUUUGAUUUAGCUAAUGCAAGUGAGAAUCAGAAGUUUGUUAAGGUUAGAAGCAAGAAUGAUUUUGUAAUUGAUGAUGUUUUAGCUUUAGCAAGUGGUGGGAUUAGGAUAGGAUUUGAUAUUGGUGGUGGUUCUGGUAGUUUUGCUGCUAGAAUGGCUGAGAGGAAUGUGACUGUGAUUACCAACACUUUGAAUGUCGACGCUCCGUUCAGCGAAUUCGUUGCAGCUAGAGGGCUUUUCCCUUUGUAUUUAAGCUUGGAUCAUAGGUUUCCUUUCUAUGAUAAUGUGUUCGACUUGGUUCGCACGUCUAGCGGGUUGGAUGUUGAAGGAAAAUCUGAGAAGUUAGAGUUCUUAAUGUUUGAUAUUGAUCGUAUUUUGAGAGCUGGUGGAUUGUUUUGGUUGGACAAUUUCUAUUGUGGCGAUGAUGAAAAGAAGCGGACUUUGACUCGAUUAUUAGAGCGAUUCGGUUACAAGAAGCUGAAAUGGGUUGUGGGGGAGAAGGUAGAUGGAGCAGGAUCAGGAAAAGCUGAGCUCUAUUUAUCUGCAGUGCUGCAAAAGCCAACAAGAGUUUGAUGAUUAUCGUUUUUGCUAGAAACCGCAAGGGGUAAGGAUUCAAUUAUAGUAUUAGUUUUACAUUUUUGCACAGAAAUUAAUCUGAGUUCAUUUCAUUGCUCCCAACAAAAUCAUCUGCCCUUUCUCUUAACUGUAAACCAACAGUGGAAGGUGAUAUAUCUGUUCUGUAAUUUACCUUUUUCUCAUUUCUGAUCGACUUGGGGGGAUUAUCGCUUCUUUAGCCAUCCUUAAAUCCUAAGAAAUAAUAACUAAUUACAGUGUCCUCUUGAAUCUCUUUAA